GCCGCGGCGGGGCCAAGACCCAGACAUCUAGGACUGUUGUUGUUCUCUCGCGGUGGGACCGCCUCAGUCUGGUCGCCCAGAGAGACCAGGAGCUGGUCUAGUUGGGAGCGGGGCGGCCGCGUCCCCCCUCCCUCCUGCUUCCCCAAAGCUGCGGCAGGAGCUGGCACAAACAUCCUGCGGUUGGUCUCCGAUGCCCUUCAGUGAGGAGGGGGCGUCGGGAUCCUGGUGAGCGCACGUCAAGCCCCUCCAGCUACGUGUCUUCGCCAGCCCCCCAGGCCCGCACACCCAAGUCUGGCUGCGAUGGCUGAAAACGCAGAGGGGGACCUGAACUCCAACCUACUCCACGCCCCGUAUCACACCGGGGACCCUCAGCUAGACACGGCCAUCGGGCAGUGGCUCCGUUGGGAUAAGAAUCCCAAGACAAAAGAGCAAAUUGAAAAUCUGUUAAGGAAUGGGAUGAACAAGGAGCUGCGAGAUAGACUUUGUUGCCGAAUGACUUUUGGGACUGCAGGACUUCGUUCUGCUAUGGGGGCAGGAUUUUGCUAUAUUAAUGAUCUUACAGUAAUACAAUCAACACAGGGGAUGUACAAAUACCUUGAGAGAUGUUUCUCAGACUUCAAGCAAAGAGGUUUUGUCGUUGGGUACGACACCCGGGGUCAAGUAACUAGCAGCUGCAGCAGCCAGAGGCUUGCUAAACUCACUGCUGCAGUCUUACUGGCCAAAGAUGUUCCUGUGUAUCUUUUUUCAAGAUAUGUUCCUACGCCUUUUGUACCAUAUGCAGUCCAGGAGCUCAAAGCAGUUGCAGGUGUGAUGAUUACUGCAUCUCACAACCGCAAAGAAGACAAUGGAUACAAGGUUUAUUGGGAAAACGGUGCUCAGAUCACAUCUCCUCAUGAUAAAGAAAUUCUGAAAUGUAUAGAAGAAUGUGUGGAACCCUGGAAUGGUUCCUGGAAUGAUAAUUUAGUGGAUACCAGCCCACUGAAGAGAGAUCCUCUGCAGGACAUUUGUAGGAGAUACAUGGAAGAUCUGAAAAAGAUCUGUUUUUACAGGGAAUUAAACUCAAAGACCACCUUGAAAUUUGUACAUACAUCUUUUCAUGGAGUCGGACAUGACUAUGUGCAGUUGGCUUUUCAAGUAUUUGGUUUUAAGCCUCCAAUUCCAGUACCAGAACAAAAAGAUCCUGAUCCAGACUUUUCUACUGUUAAAUGCCCAAAUCCUGAAGAAGGGGAAUCUGUGCUGGAACUUUCUUUGAGACUGGCAGAGAAAGAAAAUGCCCGGAUAGUGCUAGCCACAGAUCCUGAUGCAGACCGACUGGCAGUGGCAGAACUUCAGGAGAAUGGUGAUUGGAAAGUUUUCACAGGGAAUGAGUUGGCAGCUUUGUUUGGGUGGUGGAUGUUUGAUUGCUGGAAGAAAAAUAAAUCAAGAAAUGCUGAUGCGAAGAACAUUUAUAUGUUAGCCACCACAGUCUCUUCCAAAAUUUUGAAGGCAAUUGCAUUAAAAGAAGGAUUUCACUUUGAAGAAACGUUACCAGGUUUUAAAUGGAUUGGAAGUAGGAUAAAAAACCUCCUGGAAAAUGGGAAAGAAGUCCUUUUUGCAUUUGAAGAGUCUAUUGGUUUUCUGUGUGGAACUUCAGUUUUGGAUAAGGAUGGGGUGAGUGCAGCCGUUGUUGUUGCUGAGAUGGCAUCUUACCUGGAAACCAUGAAUAUAACAUUGAAACAACAACUGAUUAAGGUUUAUGAAAAAUAUGGUUAUCAUAUUUCAAAAACUUCGUAUUUCUUGUGUUAUGAUCCAACUACCAUCAAAAGUAUAUUUGAAAGGCUUCGCAAUUUUGAUUCUCCAAAAGAAUACCCAAAGUUUUGUGGGACAUUUGCUAUAUUGCAUAUACGAGAUGUUACCACUGGAUAUGAUAGCAGCCAGCCUAAUAAGAAAUCAGUGCUGCCUGUUAGUAAAAACAGCCAAAUGAUUACGUUUACUUUUCAAAAUGGCUGUGUUGCUACUCUUCGGACAAGUGGGACAGAACCAAAGAUAAAGUAUUAUGCAGAGAUGUGUGCGUCACCUGACCAGAGUGAUACUGCCUUACUAGAAGAGGAAUUGAAGAAACUCAUUGAAGCUUUGAUUGAGAAUUUUCUUGAGCCCAGUAAAAAUGGACUGACCUGGCGUUCUGUGUAGUGUUCACCAGUACAUCAUUGCUUUGCACUGGCCCAUGGAACAGAACAACCAAGAACUUCAUGCAUUGAACUCGAGUUAGCAUUCUCUCUCUGUCUCAUCUGGCCGAGUUAUCUUUUUUUUCUUUUCCUUUCUUUCUUUUUGGUUGGCUGACUAAACAAACUGUAUACAUUUGAAAUGAAAUGGUCUGGAGAGAAAUGAUUCAAAUUUUUUCAUAAUCUUGAACAAAAGUCAUUACAUUAAAAGUAUUAUGGUAACACAUCGUUCUUCCUUCAACAGAAACAAAACAAUACAAAUGUGAGUUUUCUUAUUAAAGUGUGAUUAAGCUUAGUUCCAUAUUCUUGUAAUUGUGUAUAGCACGGUUUUUUUUUAAGGCAGAUAAAUGCUAUAUAAUUGUAGAAUUAGUUAAGGAAAUUAAUCCAUAAAAUUGGCAAGAAAAUGGCACUGUUCCCCGUAUACUGUGGAAAAGUGUCAUUGUUACAUCACAGGUAUUAACUUACAAAUUAGAGUAUUUGAAAUGAGGUAUUUAGCAUUUCUAGCUUAGAACAGAUGUUACAAUAUGUGGUUUCAGCACCUUUGUUUCAGGUGCUCUUGGUGCAGUGUAAAUUUAUUGUAUUUAUUUAAAAUUCUGACAUUUACCGAACAUAAAACAGUAGUGGCAACA